AUGGCUUACAAGCACUGGUACAGCCAUAGAACCGCCAAUCACGUAAAUGAAGCGUCUGAUAAUGACAAGCCACCUACAAAUACCCCUAAAACCCCCAAAAAUCACGCUUCCUACGUCAUAGCACACUCCAUAGACAGCGAGAAGCAUCUUAUAAGCUCAGAACACUACUCCAUUGCAGAGAAGGGAUCAAUUGCUACCCCACUCCGCCAGUCUCCCACCAGCUUCCAGGCAGUGUCUGUUGUCGUGGCAAUAGCCCUACUUAUAGCAUCUUCAGAGAUUUCUAUUCUAAUUCUCUUCGCUAUCAGGAGAUGA